AUGAAUAAAGCUCCUGAAAUGAUGACAGAAACAACUUCCGUCGCCGAAAGCGGCUGUUUCAGUCAGUCGGUGACCCAGAGUCCGACAGCGGUGACCAUGAAGGAGUGUCAGUCUCUCACCAUUACUUGCCGUUUCCAGACUGGUUCUUGGGGUAGCUAUGAUUUCCAGACCGGACAUUUCUUCAAACAAGCCCGCCCCGCGGCAGAGCGGGAGAGGAUCUCCAGCGGGGAAAAAUUUGUUACGUCGACUAAUAAAGGAGAAAUGACUUUUUCGUUGCAAAUUCUGGACCUUCGGGUUGACGACAGCGCCACCUAUUACUGUCAAGCUGAGUACUCCGCUUCCCACUGGCAACAAGUCGAUGGAACUGGGUCAACGGUCACUGUCACAGCCGAUUCAAUUGCCCCGCCAUCCCAAAGUCCAGCUCAACAUUCUUCUCCUGCUGGCCAAACCGUGACUUUAAGCUGCAAAUAUUCCAGUUUCUGUCCACACACAGUACACUGGUACCGGCAGUUCCCAGGACAGGCACCGAAAUUCCUGCUCCAGAGGCACACUUCGGGAAAGCAGGAUAAGGAAAGCGCUGCAGGAGGGCGAUUUUCUGAUUCUCUCGAUACUGACCAGACAAUCAGCCGGUUAACCAUCACCAAACUGCUCUUGAGCGAUUCGGCUGUGUAUCACUGUGCGCUGAGUCCUCUCACAGCACAGUGA